CUCAAAACCUCAUUUUUUUUAUUAGUUGUUAUUUUCAAGAGACUAGGCAAGCCACCACUACUGGAUUUCAACAAGGUAUACUUUGGUGGCAAUGCAUCUGCCAUAAGUUUAAUCUAUAUCUUCUAAAUUCAGAUCCGAUUAGUGCAAUAGGUACAGUAGGAGAGCAGGCUUAAAUCUUAAUUAGUUCCAAUGGUUGAGCUCAAUGCAAUAAUCCGGCAGAAUCCUGCACCACCAACGCCACCACCACCACCACCACCAUCACCGUUGCAACAGAAUCUUCCUUGUCAAGAUUUUCUUGCUGAUGACAGAAGAGGAGAAUUCAAUGACAUUUGUGUUCGUCUAUGCAAAGCAUCAAUCAAAGGAGAUUGGAAAACUGCAAAAGCCAUUCUUCAAAAGAACAAAGAACUCAUCCGUUGUAGCAUCACCGAAAAACAUGAAACAGCACUUCAUGUUGCAGCAUUAGCCGAAAGCACCAGUUUCGUGAAUAAUCUUGUGGAAAUCAUGGAACCCAAGGACUUGCUACUUCAAACGAAAACUGGCGACACUGCCCUCUGUUUAGCAGCUGCAGCUGGAAAUGUCAGGAUGGCAAAGAUCAUGGUGGCUAAGAACGACAGCCUACUGAACAUCCGUGGUAGUGAAGGAUUAGAACCACUCUGUGUUGCUGCAUUUUAUGGAAACCGUGAUAUGGUGGAUUAUCUUUAUGAAAAGUCUAACAAAAUGACAGGGCUUGAUUGGAAAGCUUCAACUAAGCAAUGGCUUUUGUUAAAAUGCAUUGAGUUUGACCUCUUUGAUGCUGCACUAAAUAUACUCGAAGACCACCCAGACCUCGCUCAAAGUGGGACUAUACUCGGAGUUUUGGCUCAAAAGCCUUAUGCAUUUAACGAACCACAACCACAUAUCAUUUGGAGAAUCAUCAAGUCAACCAUUUGUUUGAAGGUAGGACCUGAUGCAAGGGAAAGCCAGGCCAUGCAAGUUCUAAGAAAAGUUUGGACAAGAAUUGUUCAAAGGCCAAAGGCUGAAGUAGAUAAUAUACUCAGAGGUCCAGGGACUGUGAUUAAUGGAAGGGUAAUAUACUCCUGUCAUAUACUGUUUGUUGCAGCCGAAAUGGGGAACACAGAGUUUGUACUUGAGCUUAUUAGUAAAUAUCCUGAUCUUAUAUGGAAGAACAAUGAAAAUAAACAAAGUAUAUUUCACAUUGCUGUGUCUCAUCGUAAUGAGGGUAUCUAUAAACUAUUAUAUGAGAUAGGAUCAAUGAAGGAUAUGAUAACUCGUCUCACAGACACAGAUCGCAAUAAUAUGUUGCAUUUAGUUGGUAAGAAUGCAGUGAAAAACCGACUUGAGGAUGUCUCGGGAGUAGCUUUUCAAAUGCAGCGUGAAUUAAUAUGGUUCAAGGAGGUAGAAUCUAUGAUUCCUCCUUUUUAUAGAAAAGAGAAGAACAAUGAUGGGUUAACACCACUUGAAUUAUUCACCGAAAGCCAUAAAGAUUUAGUGUCGAAAGGUGAGGAAUGGAUGAAAGGAACAGCUAGUCAAUGCAUGGUGGUUGCUGCACUUAUAGCCACCAUCGUGUUUGCAGUUGCUUUUACAAUUCCAGGUGGUUACAACCAAAAUGGACUUCCUGUGUUCCUCCCAAAAGGACUCUUCAUAGCAUUUGUCAUAGUGGAUGCAAUUUCUUUAGUUUUAUCCUCGACUUCAAUCCUUGUGUUCUUAUCCAUCCUUACAUCUCGUUAUGCUCAACAGGAUUUCUUAAAAGCAUUACCCAAAAAGUUAUUGAUAGGUCUAGGAACACUUUUCCUCUCAAUAAUGACUAUGAUGAUUGCUUUCAGCAUCAGCUUCUUCUUGCUAUAUGAAGAAAAGUUAAUCACGGUAGCAAUUCCAAUUAGCAUAUUUGCUGUUAUACCUAUCAUUUCAUAUGCUAAACUUCAUUAUCCUCUUCUGAUGGAUUCGUUUCACUCGACGCGUAGUUCAAGAUAUCUCUUUAAACCGCGGAGACGACUGUUUUUCUAUGAAAAUCCCAGAUUGUAA